AUAAGAGGGAAAGGAGGGAGACAAGGGUAGCGCCCCUGUUUUGUCCGAAUCUCGAGGUUGUCCAAACCAUAUCGGAGCCAUUCCUCUCGUCUUUCACGAUCUUCCAUCACGCCGAUAAAAGAAAUCACGUUUCUUUUUUGAUUGUAUUAUAUAUUUAACAUUUCCCUUCUUACGUGUAGAAAUUAGAAAGAUUAAAUAAAAUAUAGAGGGGUAGUAAGCAGCGAGCAGGUAGGCGUUUGACUCCAGGACAUGAAGACAACACCCGAAUCCAAUUAGCCCUUUUAUCGGCCCCUUUCCUUUACUCCUGUCAGAAAAAGUAGGGCGAGUGUUGGUUUGGCUUCCUCAUCGGGACAGAAAGUAACAUGGCGGCCAUUUUGUUCCGUGCCGUUUUAGUAAUAUUUUGGGUGCGUUUAACUCAAGCAACCGAUGCUCUUCUUUCUCCAAAAGGUGUUAACUAUGAAGUGGCAGCAUUGAUGGCUGUGAAGAGAGAAAUGAGAGAUGAGACAGGUGCAAUGAAUGGUUGGGAUUUGAACUCUGUUGAUCCUUGCACUUGGAAUAUGAUUAGUUGCUCUAUUGAAGGCUUCGUCAUCUCCCUUGAAAUGGCUAGUGUGGGAUUAUCAGGAACUCUUUCUCCCGGCAUUGGGAAUUUGAUUCACCUAAGGACAAUGCUAUUGCAGAACAAUCAUUUAUCUGGUCCCAUUCCAGAAGAGAUAGGAAAGCUUUCAGAGCUUCAAACGCUUGACCUCUCAGGUAACCAGUUCGGUGGUGGUAUUCCGAGCUCUUUGGGCUUUCUGACCCAUCUAAGUUACUUGCGACUCAGCAAAAAUAAUUUAUCUGGACAGAUUCCAAAGCUGGUGGCCAAUCUUACUGGACUUUCAUUCUUGGAUUUAUCAUUUAAUAAUCUUAGUGGCCCAACUCCAAAAAUAUUAGCUAAAGGUUACAGUAUUACAGGGAAUAGCUAUCUUUGCACUUCCUCACAUGCACAAAAUUGCAUGGGUGUCUUGAAGCCAGUUAACAAGACAGUUUCAUCUGAGCAAGCCAGCAGUCAUCAUUGGUGGGUGCUCUCCGUUGCCAUAGGUAUCAGCUCCACCUUUGUGAUUUCUGUAAUGCUGCUUGUCUGUUGGGUGCAUUGUUAUAGAUCUCGUCUACUCUUCACAUCAUACGUGCAGCAAGAUUAUGAAUUUGAUAUUGGUCAUUUGAAGAGGUUUUCGUUCCGUGAACUACAAAUUGCUACAAGCAACUUUAGUCCAAAAAAUAUCUUAGGGCAAGGUGGAUAUGGUGUGGUUUACAAAGGAUGUCUCCCAAAUAAAACCUUCAUUGCAGUUAAAAGGCUGAAGGAUCCAAAUUUUACUGGAGAAGUGCAGUUUCAAACUGAAGUGGAAAUGAUUGGCUUGGCUCUACAUCGAAACCUCUUAAAUCUAUAUGGAUUCUGUAUGACACCUGAUGAGAGGUUGCUUGUUUAUCCUUAUAUGCCAAAUGGCAGUGUUGCUGACCGCCUGAGAGAGACUUGUCGAGAAAAACCAUCUUUGGAUUGGAACAGACGGAUACACAUUGCCCUUGGGGCUGCUCGCGGACUUCUAUACUUGCAUGAACAAUGCAAUCCAAAGAUAAUUCACAGGGAUGUUAAAGCUGCAAACAUUUUGCUUGAUGAAGGUUUUGAAGCUGUAGUUGGGGAUUUCGGUCUUGCUAAGUUGUUGGAUCUUAGAGAUUCACAUGUCACUACUGCAGUGCGGGGGACUGUAGGACACAUUGCACCUGAGUAUCUUUCAACCGGGCAAUCAUCUGAGAAAACUGAUGUUUUUGGAUUUGGCAUACUACUUCUGGAACUCAUAACAGGGCAAAAGGCAUUAGAUGCUGGAAAUGGUCAAGUUCAGAAGAGAAUGAUUCUUGACUGGGUUAGAACUUUGAACGAGGAGAAGAGGUUGGAAGUGCUAGUGGAUAGGGAUCUGAAGGGAUGUUUUGAUGCGUUGGAGCUGGAAAAAGCUGUGGAGCUGGCUCUGAAGUGUACUCAGUCACAUCCUAGCCUUCGGCCAAAGAUGUCAGAAGUCUUGAAGGUCCUGGAAGGUCUUGUUGGGCAGUCAGCUAUGGAAGAAUCACAAGGAGCACCAAAUAUUGGUGAGGUAAGGGCAUACAGUUUCUCGAGGCAUGAUAGAGAUGUUCAUGAGGAACCUUCUUUCAUCAUUGAAGCAAUGGAGCUUUCAGGACCUCGGUGACCGAGACAUGCUCAUGUCCAAUUCGAAAGUUUAAACACAGGUGGGUUCAUCCUCGUACUUGAUUCUCUACUGAAGAUGUGGAAGUCUUAUGUUUAUCCUAUUAUGGAAAUACUGCACCUAGUGAUUAUCAUGGACAGAAACUUAAAACACUACACUCCAAAUUGUCUUCAGAGCCAUUAAUUUUCAUGAAGAGCACGCCUCCAGCUUACAUGCGCAUGCAUGGCAUGGAAAUACAACUUCCGAUUGCAUGGUUAGGCUAGAAAUGACAAAAUAAAGUGAUAUCCACUCUGCUGAUGAUCCUUGCCAAGGACUCACGCCCUCCUUUUAAACCCCACCAGACGACUCGACUAAUGACUAGCUGUCAAUGCACAUGCCAUGUCUACAAUUUGCUGCUAGGCCAAUGGCUUGUCCUCGUAAUUGAAGGCUGCUACGUGCACAACCUGGCUGGCACUUAUCAGUAGGCCCUACUGUCCUUUGCUUAUGGUGAAGGGAAUCUAGUCAUCUUCGUGCACAAGCAGGGAGGGGUUCAGCUGGGACUUCACAUGCUGAAAUGAAUAUGCACUUGUGAUGAUGCCCUAUUGCCCUGGGUCCAUAUGCCACCAGUCAUAGCAUUGAAAGGGAAUAGACAUGGUAAUUAUAUAUAUAGAUUAUGACCUCGAACGCCCCUAGUAUCACUCAAGUUUUGUCCUGGUUCUGCACUCUUCUUUAAUCAUGUCGAUGGUUAAUACCCGCCUCUAUCUCCAUGGUUUCACCUUCGGACUUUCAAGCAAUGAUUGGUCCUUCAAUCGCGCAGAUCCCUGACAACAGAGGGUCCAGAACCUUAAAAAAUGUUAGAAGCUAAUUUGGUGGUAACUUCCAGAACUCAAGUAUACCUCCCCUAGGUGAACAUUAACUCAAUGAUUUAUUUAUUUAAACAGCAGUAGCAAAUGAGAGAGGACUUUUGUUCUUGAUUCGUUUCCAGCAUCCAGUUCUUUAUUAAAAUAAAAGAAAGGAACAAAAGAAAGGGUGGCAAAUGGCAUGCACGUCAAGAAUAUUUCGAUGCUAUCCGUGGAAGAAACCUGGGAGGGAGGGAGUGUGAUACUGAUACCAACUCCUGUAAGCAGGACAGCAUCUAUGGAAAACGAUGUCAAGCUUUUCAUCACCUGAGAAUCCCUGGCCUCAGUUUUUGGUUCUUGGAUUGCUCGAGACAGCAGCUUCCCCGCUUUGCCCCUUCAAAACGUUACGUUUGGAUUCACACGCUCAGAAGUCAAAACAUAACAUUAAUUCUUUGCGUGUCUCCUGUUGUUUCCAAUCUUUGUCAUUUAUUUUUGCUAAAUUCAAACUACAUGAAAGAUUAUAUCAUUUACGUUUCAGUGUCCUCUUUUUCCACACCUUUAGCAAUUUGAGGCA